AUGGUUAUGGCAACGAAUGGCCCUGGGUGCGCUCAUCAAGAUGAGUCGAAAUUCUGGCAGGAUGAGAUUUCGCAUUCCCUCCUCUCUCUCAUGCAGAGUGCUGGAUACUCUCUUGAGGGUCAGGAACAGUAUGUCGACUUCGUUAAUAAGUUUGUCAUCCCUUCCCUGGGCCCCCGACCCAUUAUCACCAAGUCGGGCGCUCGCCUGCCUCAUUUCGACAGCUUCUGCUCUGACGACUUCUCGCCUGCAGAGCUCAGCUGGAAUAUUGGGCCUAAACAUUCCAAAAUCAGGGUAGGCUCCGAGCCUAUCGGACCAUUCGCCGGGACAGCAAAAGACCCUUUCAACCAAAAUGAGUCCCAGGUGGUCAUGUCGCGUCUGCUACGCCAAGGACGUGGUCCCGUCGAUGGGGAGCUUUGGGAGUUCUUUAAGAAACACCUUCACGUUGAAGCAAAGCACGCCAAUGAGAUCGUUUCCAAAAUGGCGCCCAACGAACAUAUGACAAGCAACACCAUCUCGUUCGAUCUAGAUGGCGAGCUGCCGGCGCCGAAGGUGUACUUCUAUCCCAUCCCCAUUUCUCUGCUGGCGAACAAUCAUGCUGGCGAGAUCAUCACUGAUGUUAUCGCGCAACUGCCGGUGAAUCUGGAGCCCGCAUUCAACUAUGUACGCGACUUCGUCUACCGUUACAAGAGGCAGCGCGACAACGAGUACAUCUUGCGGCUGGAGCUGAUCGCCUUUGACGCGGUGCGCCCAGCCGAUUCCCGCUUCAAGCUGUACCUACGCACCAAAGAAACAUGCCUCGCACGAGUGGAGGAGGUGUACUCGCUCGGAAGCUCACUCAAGGGUCCCGAGAUAGAUAACGGCCUGAAUCUGAUCCGGUCCUUCUAUCUUCAUGUCCUAGGAUUGACCGCCACAGAGGAGGAUUUGCCUCGCAGCACGCACCGCACGGCGGGUAUCAUCUUUAAUAUGGAGAUGAAGCACAACAGCCCCGCACCAGUACCGAAGGUGUAUGUUCCCGUCCGACACUAUGGCGGUACGGAUCUGCGUAUCGCCCAGUCGCUCAGUAAUUUCUUCCGCGCUUGGGGGCUCAUACACCUUGCCGACACUUACGUUGAUGCUGUGCAAGAGGCCUUGUAA